CUGGUAAAGUAUAUGGUGGUCAGGUUACUCCUUUACACUGAUCCAAGUUCAGUUACGUUUUUCUCUUCUGUAUUGGGAUACAGUGAGCCUAUUGUGUUUUCCAAGUACUGAAGACAAGAAAUGUAUAGCAAAUGUGAGGUUGAGUCUCUAAGGACUUGUUGUUGGGUUGGACACGAAGCAUGACAUUAACAUCCCGUUAUACAUGUUGAGCCAUCAAAUAAGGCUCAGACAUAGAUGCCUCAGGUGUGAUGGAUGCAAAGGAUUGGAUCGAAGCCUUAAUACGAGGGCUGAUGUGCCUAGUAGGGAUCCUGGGGAACAACUGGCUGGGUCUCCGCUCUCUCCCUGGACCUAAGUCCCAUCUCCGCACCAACGAGCUCCUCUUCAUCAACCUGGCCGUCUCCAACCUCAUCACCAACUACCUGGUGGACCUCCCCGAUACCAUGGCUGACUUUGCUGGCCGCUGGUUCCUGGGGGAAGCCUACUGCGGUGUGUUCCGGUUCUGCUCGGACCUGUCGGAGACCAGCAGUAUCUUCUCCACCUUGUUUAUUAGUGUGUUCUGGUACCAGAAGCUGGUGGGCUCUCUGAAACGUGGAGGAGCUCCGGUCCAGCUGGAUAGCCUCCGUCUCGUAGCCUAUCUCCUGGCUGGCAGCUGGACAGUGGCUGGGGUCUUCAGUGUUCCACACUUCUUCUUUGUCCAGGUGGACAGUGGGAAUGAGAGCCACAAGGACUGUAUAGAAGUAUUUCCCUCCCAAACUGCAAGGCGGACCUAUGAGACUUUGUAUCUGACCCUCGCUAACGCCCUCCCCAUCGCUGGUAUAGUGUUCUCCAGCAUCCAGAUUGUGAUCACUCUGCUAAGGAACCAGAUGCGUAUCAAGGGCCUGACUUCUGACCAUCACAAGGGGACAGAUAAGGCUCUACCUAACAAGCGGGAGAAGAUGGAUGUCUCAGAGAAAUAUGAUGAAACAGGCAUCAAGACAUCUGAUAAAGAGGCAGAUUUACCAAUAGUUGCUUCUCCAGAUUUCCCUCAGAGUUGUAGAAACCAGAGGAUUUCAGACAUCCGCCCCAACCUGCCUGGUGUCUCCUGCUCUGUCCUACCUUGUGCAGGACCCUCUGUUGUACACAGCUCAAUCAGUUCCCCCCUCUACCAGGUUGAGGUUGGUGACUGCAGAGUCAGAGCUUCACCCGAUCUCCAGAGGACCUCCCAGCCUCCAGCUAAGCUCAGCCCAGGCUCAGGCACUCAGGUGAGGGCAGCCAAGAGCGUGGUGGCUGUGGCCACUGUGUUUGUGGUGUGCUGGGUGACCCACCUCUUACUGAGGAUAUCCAGCAACAUCCACACGUCCUCCGUAGUGGUGGAGGUGGCCAGCUACAUCGCAUCCUCUUACACCUGCAUCAUACCUUACAUCUUCCUCUAUGGAGUAAAGAAACUGUCUUGCUCCUGCAGAAGGUAGAUAUGAUUAUACACACAUUGCUAAUUUACUGGCAUCAACCCAGACCAACUGCUACGUAGAACUGCUGCUCUUUAGGACAUCUGUGUUGUCUGAAAAUACAUUUAAAUUCGAUUGGCUUAUCACCAUGAUUUCAUUAGUGUAAUUAUACUACUGUAAACAAACAGGCAGUAUAUACCAUUUUUUUCUGGUCAUGGCGGGGCUGCUCUGGUCUACUUAUUGCCCCUGCCCAGCGGAGGGGUGGCCGGCAGCGCCUGGGUAGACGAACACACCCUAUAAGUAGAUAAGAGCUGGCUGUUCCCUCUCUCGAUUGAGCAUGCCAGUGAUCAUGAAGGAACGAGGAAGCAUGCUCACGUGACAGGGAAUGCCCACUUACGCAGACAGGAACCUUGACCAUUCUUUUCAAUGGUAAACGGCCUUAGUGAACUAUAUUAUUUAUCCACCAUCUUUGAUGUAUAUACUAUCACAUCUAGGUGAAUAUCAACGAACUCUAACUACUCUCUGAAAGAUACAACUAGGGUGGCAGGUAGCCUAGUAGUUAGAGCGUUGGCCCAGGUCAUUGGUUUGAAUAUCUGAACCGACAACGUGAAAAAUCUGUCAGUGUGCCAUUGAGCAAGACACAACCCUAUAAAACAUUUCACUGUACCUAUCU